GCGUCGUUGAUCCAGAGAGUGCAGCGAGCUUCACCAUGGCUCAGCCUUUCUCUGCGCCGCCAGAGAUGCUGGCGACACUCUCGCAGAUCUUCACAAACACGCUCAAUCCGGCUACACAGAAGCAGGCUGAGGCGACCCUGACCGACCUCGAGAGGCAGCCCAACGCCCGUCUGCCGCUCCUCCUUCUUGCGCUCAUUGCAGCGGUGGAUCAGUACCCAACACCUGUGCGGCUCGCGGCCUCGAUCAAGCUCAAGAACAUCUGCAGACGCGCUUGGGCCUCCGAAGAAGCACUCGAGGCGGUUGAAGACCAAGGUGUCGAGCUCGUCUCCCCCGAGGAUCGCGGUCAGCUCAAGGCUUCACUGUUGCCACUCCUCACCGACCUGUCGCAACCGACGAGAAUUGCAGCGUCACCCGCGGGACUUCGACUACAGCUCAGCGAGGCCGUCGCACUCAUCGCAGCUUCCGACUUCCCUGCGGAAUGGCCUACACUCAUCGACGAUCUCACUGGCAGCCUUGCUUCGCCUCCAGACUCUUCAGCUCUUCAAUCGGUGCUGCAAACGACCCACAGCAUCUUCCGAGGAUGGCGCUCAGCUUUCCGAACUAACGAACUCUACACCGAAAUCAAUCUCGUCCUCGAAAAGUUUGCCUCGCCAUUCUUGGAACUCGUCAGGCGAACGGACGAAGCUCUUGGGUCUGCGCCGGCACCAUCUGCCGUGACGGUGUCAAGUACGAUGCUCCUCCUCCUGCAAGUAUACCACGACCUCUCUGCACAGGAUCUGCCGCCUCUGUUCGAGGACAACUUGGCUUCCAUCUCCGCCCUCUUCCUCCGCUACCUGAAUCCUCGGUCGGCUGCGUCCAAUGGCAUCUACGCUCAGAACCCUGCCAUCGUCGAGGCUCUCGAGGGCGACGACGACGAGACAUCGCCGCAAAAUGGACAACUGAUUAGAGCUGAGAUCUGCUCCAUCGCCGAGCUGUACGCCCAGAGAUAUCUGGACGCCUUUGGUGCGAGCGUUCCGGAUUUCGUCCGGGCAGUGUGGGAGAUGCUCGGGCAGGCUGGAAAGGCCGAGAAAGAGGAUCUGCUCGUUUCCCAAGCCAUCACCUUCCUGUCGACAAUUGUCAAGGUGCCUUCGCAAAAGGAAAACUUCUCCGGCGAGGGCACCAUCGAGGCUCUUGUCGAAGCGAUUGUUCUCCCCAAUAUCGCACUGCGGGACCAGGACGAGGAGCUCUUUCAAGACGAGCCGCUGGAGUGGAUUAGGCGAGAGUUCGCCUUCGAAUCUGCAGAUACCGACACGAGGCGCCAGGCGGCCUCAAAAUUCACCAGGGCCCUUCUCGAUCAGUUCAACGACCGGACUACCCAGGUCGUUUCUCGUCACAUUGGACAGUACCUCGAGCAGUAUCGUGCCGAUGCGGCUGCUCACUGGCGGCAGAAGGAUGCCGCCAUCUACCUCUUGACCAGCAUUGCCAGCACCAGCAGCACCGUCGCCAAGGGCGUCUCGUCAACAAACGCUCUUAUCGACGUCGUCGGCUUCUUCACCGACCAUGUCCUUGUGGAUCUACAAUCGGACCCGUCCACCGUCAACCCCAUCCUUCAGGUCGACGCAAUCAAAUACCUCCAUACGUUCCGGAACCAGCUGACCAAGGAGCAGCUUCUCUCGGUCUUGCCCCUUCUUGUGCGUCACCUCGAAUCAGAGUCAUACGUAACCUCAACAUAUGCAGCCAUCACAAUCGAACGAGUCCUGUUCCUCAAGGCUGCGGACGGGCGACGCCUUCUCUUCUCCUCCACUGACGUACAGCCAUUUGCCGAGUCCAUCCUCAUGGCUUUGUUCCGCAACAUUGAGCGCGGACAGACGCCGGAAAAGAUUGCGGAAAACGACUACUUGAUCAAGUGCGUCAUGCGCCUGAUUGCGACGUCGAGAGAAGCCAUGAUUCCCAUCCGACAACCGGUUCUCAAGCACCUUACCGAUAUCCUCGUUGAGAUUACGAAGAACCCGAGCAACCCCAGAUUUACGCAGUACUGCUUCGAGAGCAUCUCCACCCUCGUCCGUUUCGUCACAGCAGGCGAUCCAUCGACGAUUGGCGAAUUCGAGCAAGCACUGUCCGGGCCAUUCAUGUCUAUCUUGCAGAAUGACGUUGCAGAAUUCAUUCCCUUCGUUUUUCAGAUCCUUUCGCAGAUGCUCGAACUUCACCAGGGAGCCGAAUUGCCCAAUUCGUACGUCUCGCUGCUUCCAUCGCUCCUCACGCCAGCGCUUUGGUCAUCGCGUGGCAAUGUCCCUGCUCUGGUCCGCCUCUUGCAAGCGUUUUUGAGCCGUGGAGCACGACAGAUGGUCGAGGCGAAUCAAGUGAGCGCGCUGCUGGGCAUCUACCAGACCCUCAUCGCAAGUCGAGUCAACGACGAAUUUGGCUUCGAGCUUCUCACCAGCAUCUUCGACAACGUCGAGCCGCAGCAACUCGAUCAGUACAAGGCGGCGGUACUGACGCUGAUGCUGACACGGCUACAGUCGAGCCGGACGGAGAAGUUCUCAAGGGGAUUCAUCGCCUUUGUGGGCGCCCUCUGCUCCAUUCAGCAGCCGGGCUACCCCGACUACGCCCUCUCGGCGUUUGAUGCAGUCCAGCCAGGGCUCUUUUCGCAGAUCUUGCAAGGCGUCAUCUUGCCGGACCUCCACAAGGUGCCGCCGCGACAGCGCCGAUCCGUGGCCGUCGGCCUCACACGUCUCCUGACCAAAUCGACUGCGAUGCUCUCGCCGCCAAACAGUGCCGCAUGGGCCCCAACGCUGACGGCAGUCCUCAAGUUUGUCUUUUACGAAGGAUCUGUCCUCUCUAAGCCGGCGCAAGAGGGAGAUGCGGGCGCGACAAACGAGGACGACGACAUUUUUGCGCAAGACUGGGAAGAGAACCAAGGGUUCCAGAGUUCCUUUAGCCUUCUCGCGGCCAGUCGGACCUCUUCCAGCGAUGGUGAUGCCAGAAGAACAGCAUUUGCAGGGCCAGAUGUGGGGGCCUACGUCGCAAGGGCCAUUGGUGAGCUCAUGCAGAGCCCAGGUGCGGACAAGGUCGCGCCCUUGUUGGCGCAGGUGCCCGAGGAGCUCACGGAAGAGCUCAGGCAGUAUGGGUGAGGAGGGAAAAGGUGGAGGAAGGAAAAAUCUGGGUGAAGAGGUUAGUGUGUAGACCUGGCUCCUCUGCCCCCGGCUCCCUCUCAGUGUCUUCAGGACUCUGUUCUGUUAUUGUCUUAUGCAGGGAGUGAAGAAAGGCCCGGUUCUACAUGUACAGACACAUUCGCUUGUGUGAGUGAUGAGAGAUAAAAGAAUAUUUUGGCGUUAUGAUCAAAGACGAGGUCUCUUGUC